GCCACAAAAUGGCAGGUCUCUCUAUCGCACUGCCCCUCUCUUCGCGGAUUCGCCAUGGCAACCGCGAAGCCAGCGGCGCCGGUGCCGCUCCCACGGGCCGCCGCCUACCCGCGAAUUCUUCCACUGCGCCUACCGCGGCGCCAAAGGGCAGGAAUCACCAGGGCCUCGCCUCCUCCCGCCACCUGCAGCGGGGACGCCGGUGGCGAGCUUCCUGCCAGGCUCCAGCCGAACGCGCGCCGGCCGCUCUGGCACGGCGGCGGGUUCAGCCUCGGCGUGGACCUGGGCGCCGCACGCACAGGGAUCGCCGUCGGCCGUGGCAUCACCCAGCCCCGCCCCCUCACCGUUCUGAAGCUACGGGGGCAGAAGCUGGAGCUGAUGCUGCUCGAUGUAGCUCAGCAGCAGGAGGCGGGCGAGCUGAUCAUCGGCCUGCCGGUCUCGGCCGACGGGAGAGAGACGCCGCAGUCCAACAAAGUGCGGAGCGUCGUCGGAAGGCUCGCCGUCCAAGCGGCCGACAGGGGCCUGAGGGUUUAUCUGCAGGAUGAGCAUGGAACAUCAGUGGACGCCCUCCAUUACAUGAUCUCAAGGGGUGUUAAGAGGUCUUCCCGUGACGACAAAUCUGAUGCGUAUGCUGCCAUGUUUACUUUGGCUGUAGAUGAUUCUGGAUAGAUACUUCUCGUCAUCAGGUCAAGGGGCUCAGAUUGUUCUUCCUAGGCAACAGGAACUGCAGGACAAAUUAAUAGCAAAACCAAGGCAAGAUGCUGAAAUUUAGGAAUGUGUGUCCACCUUUUCCAACUUUAGACAAGAUACUUAGAAUUUAACCAUUGUGUUCUGUUAGAGAGGGCUUUACAUCCUGAACAUAUAAUACGAUCAGCUAACUUCAGUUGACUAUGCAACCUCAUCGUUAGCUCUCUUAUCCAUUUUGCAUC